AAAAAAUGAAUCAACUUAUUGUUGUUGUUUCUACACACCUUUUUAAAAGUAACAAAAAAAAAAUAUGUCGAAAGCUGCUUCAUUAACUGGAACAAUCUUAAACAGAACUUGUCGUAACAAUGUGUAUCCCAAGAGUGAUGUAAAACGGUUUCCUGUACCUAAUGAGUACAUUCAGUGGUGUGUGCCUUAUGCUGAGUAUGCUCCCCCAACGUAUACGGCGCCGCAUAUUUCAUCACAAGUGUGGGCCGAUCCGGACAUAAAUUCAUCUGAAUUUAAGCCAAAAUGGGGACAAAUAGAUGGAAACAUUAAUCGUGCUUCCUUCAAUGGUUUUUAUGAAAUUGAUAAUAAUGGUUGUCCUAUCAAUCCCGUAGGACGAACAGGCUUGCGUGGACGUGGCCUACUAGGACGUUGGGGACCUAAUCAUGCUGCAGAUCCUAUAGUCACACGAUGGAAACGCGACGCUGAAGGGAAGAUUGUUACAAGUCCGCAAAGUGAAAAAAAUAUUCUACAGAUGGUGGCCAUUCAAAGACAUGACAAUAAAAUGUGGGCAAUACCUGGUGGUAUGGUAGAUCCUGGUGAAAAAGUUAGCACAACACUUAAAAGAGAAUUUAUAGAAGAAGCUCUAGACGGCUCGGGUACAGCCGAGCAAGAAAAAAUAGAGCAAUUUUUUGCCAAAGGUACAGAGGUAUACAAGGGUUAUGUUGACGAUUAUCGCAAUACGGACAAUGCCUGGAUGGAAACUGUGGCUUACAAUUUUCACGACAAUGAUGGAACACAAGUGGGUAAAAUUCAACUUACCGCUGGAGAUGAUGCUGCUGCUGUCAGAUUGUUAGAUUUGAAUAAAAAUAUCGAAUUGCAUGCUAAUCACAUUGAUAUAGUGAAGAAAGUUGUUGAUAUGUUAAAUGCGCAUUGGUAAAGUUAAACUUUGUUUGGAACCUCUAUGAUUUUUUACUUUAUGGUCAAUAAAAAAUGCAUUAUUUUUAAAACUUUAAA